CCUGUUUAUUUCCAUACGCUGUCGGUUCUCAGGUCAACUAACAACAGUAACUGUUGCUCUCGGGUCUCAUCUCUGUUCACCAUCAGACCCCCGCACCACAAACCAGGAUGUGAAACUCUAGUCGCUGUCACCGAGCCGCGAGACGUUCCCUCCCCAACGGAGCAUCGUUGACAUGGAGCUGCCGUUAAUAACUUGCUCUGUAAUAACCGGGAACACGGUUCCGACAGUGGUUACACAGUAAGAUACAUACAUACAGACCGAGUCACCUCUGUAACACAGUUUAUUUAAUCUACUCACGCUGUGCGCGCAUAAUGGGAAGCCAUUAGAGAUGAUGAAGGUCAUUUUUCCAAGGAACGUGAACGCAGCUCUACCAUGUGACCGAGUUCAGCUGAUCAGCAGGCGGAACCAACAGAAAACAUGGUGGUUUUACUGAGCAGGUUACCUGUUACAGAGUGUCUGAAGCUGUGUCACAGGGUGGUGGAUGGAUUGUGUGGACAUGAGCCUCCCUGCAGGGCAGAUUACAACACCACCUGGAGCCUGGAGGAGUGGCUGCAGCUCCUCAACUCCCUGUCAGCCUUCUUCUGCCUGGCAGUGGGGAACAACAGCUCUGAUGAAGAGGUGGUGGCUGGGCUGUCAGAUGUGGGCAGAGGCCACGCUGAGACUUUGCUGAGUGUGCUGAGAGCCAGAGAGGAGGAGAUUCAACGCACUCUGCUGCAUAGAACCAACUCCAUCUCCUCUGCUACUCUCCAGGAUUUUGACUGGCAGCUUAAGUUAGCUCUGUCCAGUGAUAAGAUCUCGUCUCUCCACACUCCUCUGCUCAGUCUCAGUCUGGAUCUGAGAGAGAACGGAGCUGUCCGGCCUGUUACUGUGGAGAUGAACAGAGAGGAGUUAAACACACUCAUCACUUCACUAGAGGCUGCUAAUAAGGUGAUGCUACAGUUGAAAUGAUGGAAAGAUUCAGGACCACUGAUCCUGUUUAAGCCCAUGACUACAGGAAGUCCAGUGAAUGGAUGUUAGGUCGUUGAUGUUGGUGUUAUACAUAUUCUUCCAUGGUUUUAUGUGUUAUAGACACAAUGACUGUUCUGCAGACCUAAUAAUGAUUAGUGAGUCCUUUGUAAUCCAGUUGUGUAUGUAAGCACACAUUGUUAUGUUUUUACAGUGCACUGUGUUUUGUCAUGAACAUGUUGAAGUAAAUGUUUCUUUAUGGUUUGA